GCCUAGUCCGCUUUAAAUUAUUGUUAGCCCGAACAGAAAUGGGACUCGGUGUCCGUUCACCGACCGGUUCAGACCCGGACUGUUUGCAGGUUAAACCCGGUCCGUCGUGGUCAUAUCAGUAUGCUCCAUGCUAACAGCUAGCCUGUGUGCUGCCUGUCCCCUCGGCUCACUUUAAGUCAUCGUGAAGCGUGCACGCGCGUCUGUGCGCAUGUCCGCGGUAGUAGAGAGAGGUACAUGAACUGUUGGGACCAGACUGGGCACAGAUGUACGGUGGAGGGGUGGGGGGCAGUCUGCCAGGAGCCUCUGAGCCAGGCACUGACACUAUCAGCACUCAGAUCUGAUCCCAGUCUAACCAGUCUGAAAGAAACUUUAACCCAGUUUGACCACUGUUCACCUAAACCAGAGGACAGGGGUUACAGUCAGUUCUGCCUACAAGUUAACAGUUGGUGAGAAAGGGCGGAUCAGGACUUCAGUGAUUAGAUCCGGUGGAUACAUGGCGACAGUCCAGGGACCAAUGACGGAGACAGUGAAGUACGUGGACGACGAACAUAAGAGCAUCUUCCUGAAGCUGCUGAAUGAGCAGCGACUGGAGGGCGAACACUGUGACAUCGCUGUGGUGGUCGAAGACGUCAAGUUCCGUGCUCACCGCUGUGUGCUCGCCGCCUGCUCCAACUACUUCAAAAAACUCUUCAAAAAACACGAGGUGGACAACUCUUCGGUGAUUGAGAUCGACUUCAUCCGCUCAGAUAUCUUCGAGGAGGUGUUGAACUACAUGUACACAGCGAAGAUCUCCGUCAAGAAGAGAGACGUCAACCUCAUGAUGUCAUCAGGACAGAUCCUCGGGAUCCGCUUCCUAGACAAACUCUGCUCUCAGAAACGAGACGUGUCAUCGGAGGACAAAGAGAAGUUUCCCUAUGACAUUGUAAAGAUGGCGCUGCCACCAGAGGCUCAGCUGGCUGCUGAUGCUGAGGUACUGGGAGAGCAUGACGACACACCCACCACAGAUGACCUUGUUGAGGCCUCAGCCAAUCAGGAGCUAGAUAAGUCUCCCAGUGCGGCGCUACGUGUCCAGGAAGCCAUCCUGAAAGAGCUGACCAAUGAGGACGUACACAAGGUAACUUGCUACGACCAGGAUGUGGUGACAGAGAUGGAGGCGGAGCCUAAAGAGCUGGGGGCGGAGCACCAUGCCACCCAGACACUGACGUUCGCAGACAGUAUGGGCGAGGUGAAGGACGAGCAGCCGCCGGGCUGGUCAACCGCCACGACCGACAUGAAGUUUGAGUACCUGCUGUACGGACACCGAGAGCAGCUCGCCUGCCAGGUGUGUGGGAAGAACUUCCUGGACGAGAGCAGGCUCAGGAAACAUGAGAAGCUUCAUUCAGCAGAGCGUCCAUUCGCCUGUGAGAUCUGCACCAAAGCUUUCACCACCCAUGCUCACCUGAAAGAACACCUGAAGAUCCACACAGGCUUCAAACCGUACAGGUGUGACGUUUGUGGGAAAUCAUUCAUUCGAGCUCCGGACCUGAAGAAGCACGAGCGAGUUCACAGCAAUGAGAGGCCGUUUGCCUGCCAGAUGUGUGAAAAGGCAUUUAAACACAAGUCUCACCUGAAGGAUCACGAGAGGAGACACAGAGGAGAGAAACCGUUUGUCUGUCCAUCCUGCACCAAGGCCUUUGCCAAGGCGUCAGAUCUGAAGCGUCAUGAGAACAACAUGCACAGUGAGAGGAAACAGCUGAACCCACUGCAGAGCGACACAGAGACACUGCAGGCCGCCGCCAUGGCUGCUGAGGAGCAACAUCUGGACACCAUCAGCUGCUCCUAACAUCUGGACACCAUCAGCUGCACCGUCAGGACAUUUUCUUGAUAGUUGUUUUAUUUUGAAGCAGACUCUAAAUGAAGGUCUGUGUCCAUAGAAGUUGUUUUUUCCUGCUUUGAAUCAGUGACCAUGAACAGACUUUGACAUGAACUGAUGACCUCAGCAAUCAUGUGAUCAGCGUGUAAAACAUGGAGGACCCUCUCCUCUGAUUUCAUGUAUCAUUUGUAAUGAUGUCUCUGAAAAUGUACAGAUCAGUUUUUCAGUCUGAACCAAACUCUGUACAGAAAACGGUGGAUUUUGAAGCUAUUUGUUUGUGUUGUAAAUAAAGUUCUGUUCAGUUUAAUGAGCAGAGCUGCUGUGUUUUAAA